UCUGCAAAAGAUGAAAAAUAUAUUUAGACUUUUUAAAAUAAAGGAACAACCCCGCCUCAGAUCCCCCGCCAGCUUUAGUCAGAAUCCAUGAGGGGAAUCAAGAUAGACAGCUUGUGUGGGGGUGUUACUGGUAGACGGGUUAGGAGUAAACCUUUCUACAGAAUUCUGUAAGGACUGAGGGGGAUAAAAAAAAAAAAGUAAUAAAUCCCUGUGAGUGUAAGCCUUAGUAGAAAUGUUUAUGUUUCAUGUAAGAGGAUAAGUUGGUGGGAUGGAUUUUUUUAAAUGAUUUUUGAUUAGGGAUUGAAAAACAAGGUGCAUAUAAGUUAUUUCUGCGGACAUAUAGACGCUUAAAUAUUAUCUUUGCAUAUAGACAAAUACAUUUUAGACAAAACUCGUCCUAAAUUGAGAUGUGCGAGAUAAAUGUCUCAUAUUCUAACACAGACAUCAGCCCCACGUUUUCAAAGCCACUAUUAAUAAGUCAUUCACUAGUGAUUAAUGCCCUCAGACUUCAUUGAAUUGAUGUGUAUCUGCACAUCUCUGAUUAAAGCACAGAUCUAGUUUAAACUCUCUGCCGCCUCUACAGUAGCUCCGCUGCAUUUAUAACAGGAGUGCACAUCGUACUGUAUCCUCUUGCAGCCGAGUCAUCCCGCCAUUCGGAAGCUCAAAACCGGGUUUUAAUAAUGAUGGGACACGGAGCUCAUCCAUAUUAGAGGAGUCUUUAAUGAACUCAGACCGUAAAAGACACUCCUCCCGCUCCCGGCUGGCACCGCUCCUCUCCACUCCCGUAGCUUCCCCAGACGCUGCGCGGGAGGGCAUCCACACACAGCCUCAUCUUUAUCAGGAUCUGCAUCGCCUUCAAGACAAAGAGAACACCGCCAAGUGAGGAUGUGCUCCACUAGCAAGAGGAGAGGCCAGUCUUAAAAGUCAUUAUUUCUGCAGCCGUGCCCGCCCGGAGGCAAGACACGGCACCGGUUCCUUGGAGACUCUUUGCGGGGAUGCGCAAAGAUGUGAGUAAAGAGUGCGAGGCAGCGUUGUGAUUGGUCAUACCCUCUCUGAAAGCAUCAGACACACGACGAGGCAUGUUUGCUCCUGCCAGAGCAGCAACGAGGUGGCAACAAACUUGAAGGGGAGACGCGUUGUCAGAGUACACAGUCCGUUGCGUUCGCAGCGUCAACCAUCAACUCGCAUCAUUUUUCCCCCCGAAGAGGCGGACGCGCUCUCCGUGGUGCUGAAACACAAACACUCCGCGGAUCAACUAGUGUAGAAGAAGAAGGUACUCGCACUCCGCCACCUGCUCCCGAGCUGCAUGCUAUUUGGAACACAGCUACAGUGAGAAGUUAUUACAUUAGUGUCUGACUGUGUCCCAUCAUGCUGGGGAUGAAGUGGAAGAUGGUCGUGGACUCCCUGCGAGGACGGAGAAGGAGGCUGCCCUGUUCGCUCUGGUUCCUCCUGCUGUUCGCCGCUGGAGGUCUAGUGCUCUUCAUCCACCAGCGAGAUCUGUCUGAGAUGGUACAGCAUCAAGGCCCAGGCGUGAAGCUUGGAAGCACUCCACGGCAGUCCAGAGAGACCCUUUCAACACAAGAAAGAGAGAGAGAAAGAGGCAAAUCUGAUGGUUAUCAGGACCAUAAGGCAGCAGUGAGCAUCUUGUCCAGCCCGAUCCCUCCGAUGCAGUUCCCACACUUUGAGGAGAGCAGACAGAUGGCCACCCCUGGGUCCCAGGAGCAGGACAUAGGCUCACUUCAUGUCUCCAAAAGACAGCGCAAACUGCUGAAAACAAGCCCUCCGAAUCAUCAAAACAACAGCCAUGUUUCCUCCUCGGCCUCCUCCUCUUCCUCCUCAUCCUCUGUCUCCUCCUCCUCCUCUUCCUCCUCUGCCUUUAUGGGCUCCUUUUCCCCUGAGAGUUGGAAAAAGCUCUCUGACAUCUUGGAAGCACGUCGACAGCUGAUGAAGGAGAUGUGUGCUAAGUACAAGAGCAGCAUCUCCAGGACCAUCACUCGUCAUCAUGUCAAACACAUCUUUGUGGAGGACAAGUACAAGUUGCUGUACUGCCAGGUUCCCAAAGCAGGCUGCUCCAACUGGAAGAGGACCCUGAUGGUGCUGGCGGGUCAGGCCCCCAACGCACAGAGCAUCAAACACGACACAGUCCACUACGGCCACCAUCUGAAGAAGCUGGACAGCUUUGACAGACAAGGAAUCAUGCACCGUCUGGAGACCUACACCAAGGUCAUGUUUGUGCGAGAGCCGCUGGAGAGGAUGGUGUCGGCUUACAGGGACAAGUUUGAAAAUCCCAACAACUACUACCACUCCCUGUUCGGGAAACCCAUAAUCUCCAAGUAUCGCGUGAACCCAUCCUGGGCGGCUCUGAAGACAGGCAGCGGGGUCACGUUUAAGGAGUUUGUCCAGUACCUGCUUGACGUCCACCGGCCUGUGGGAAUGGACAUCCACUGGGAGCAGGCCAACCAGCUCUGCAACCCGUGUCUCAUAGACUACGACUUCAUCGGCAAGUUCGAAAACAUGGAGGAGGAGUCCAACUUCCUCUUGCGAUUGACUGGAGCGCCGUCCAACCUCACGCUGCCCACUUUUAAAGACAGGAACCCAACGGACAAGAGGACCUCUAUGCAGAUCACACAAAAAUACUUUACACAGGUCAGCACGUUGGAGAGACAGCGGGUUUACGACUUCUACUACAUGGAUUAUCUGAUGUUUAACUAUUCCAAACCUUUUAAAGAUUUAUACUGACUGACUCCCAUCGUGACGCCUGAAUCACAUUCCACUAGGUCUUCAUCUCUACCUUGACAGAAAACCUUAACAUAAAGAGGCCCCACUCACACACUCAUAUGGAUCUUUGCAUCAAAGCAGAACGAUCAGAGACGGAACUUUCUCUGAAUUUCACAAAAGCUGCUUUUUAUGAAAACAUUUCUACCAGGAUAUCUUCAUUUGAACCCCACUAUGAGAUGAGAAGGCUCAUGUGAUAUUGUGUAUGAAAUCCUCUAAAUUUAAUUUGAAAUGAAACUAUUUAUCCACUACAUGGUACAUGGUGAGGUAUGAUAUUAAAAUUAUAAAUGUAAUGCUUCUAAAGAAAAGUUCAUAAUUGUUCAACAGGCUUUAAAUCGUGCCUAACUGUGAGUCGGAUAGCAUUUGCAAAUGAUUCAUCAAAGUCCCCACAUCGGAGGGGUUUGAUAAAGGUUCUAAUCGUUUUUUCUUCAUUUAGAACUGAUUUCAGUAUUUCCACCUACAGUCAUAUGAAUCACACCAAAAUGUUAGAUUUUUUGAUGCAUGAGUUUGUGAUCGAGUUAUUAUCAUGGCCAUGUGCUAUAGACUCAACGUUCGACUGAAUUAGAAAUAUUUGCAAUUACUAUUUGACUCUGAAGGUCAGGCAUCUGUUUACCUCUAUACAACGCAUACUAACAAAUAUAUUUUGUGUAAAAGGUUUUUAACAAGAACCAUAACAAACGGAAACUACAUAUAUUAUAAAUCUUUCAGAUGUGUCAAGUGCUGCCCACUUGUAAGCUGUGUGCACUUAUUGUAGCAUUUUUGUACUUCUAACUUCGACGGUUCGGUUUGUGCUUUAGUCUAACACAUGUGCUGAAGGUCCCACAUCACAUGAGGUAUACUACACACACGGCUGGGCUGAUGUUAGAAACAGGAAGU